UCUGAUGAACCCAGGAAACCCUCCACCAUAUUUGGGCCCUGGUCCGACGGCCCCAUACCCACCUUACCCACAACCACCAAUGGGGCCUGGGUCCUACCCUCCAGGGCCUGCGGGGGGACCCUAUCCACCUCCUCAGGGGUACCCUUACCAAGGAUACCCACAGUAUGGCUGGCAGGGCGGACCUCAGGAGCCUCCUAAAACUACAGUGUAUGUCGUGGAAGACCAAAGAAGGGAUGACCUGGGCUCAUCCACCUGCCUCACGGCCUGCUGGACUGUACUCUGCUGCUUCUGCCUCUGGGACAUGCUCACCUGAUCAGCCCAGCCUUCCUGUGCUGCAGCU